AUGAUGUCGAAUUAUAAUCAAACAUCUCCUCCAAAUAAUUAUGGUGCUACACCAUUAAUAAAUCCUCAAGUUCAAAUGACAAAUUCAAGUUUUAUAAAAUCUGAAAUUGAACGCUUCGAAAGUGUACAUCCAUCAAUUUAUUCCAUAUAUGAAUUAAUCGAUGAAUUUAAAGAUCAAUUAAAAACUCAAGCUCAAAUACGUGAACAUGUUAUGAUUAUUGAAGAUUCAUUUGUGAACAGUCAAGAAUGGACUUUAAGUCGAAGUGUUUUAGAUAUUCGUAUUGGUCUAUUAGGUACACUAACAAGUGGAAAAUCAGCUUUAGUUCAUCGAUUUUUAACUGGUACUUAUAUGCAAGAAGAAUCUCCUGAAGGUGGAAGAUUUAAAAAAGAAAUCAAUAUUGAUAAUCAAAGUUAUCUAUUACUUAUACGAGAUGAAGCUGGUGUACCCGAUACACAAUUUACACAUUGGAUUGAUGCAGUUAUAUUUGUAUUUAGUUUAGAAAAUGAAGAAAGUUUUAAAACUAUUUAUCAAUAUUAUACGAAAAUGAAUCAUUAUAGAAAUAUAACCGAUAUGCCAUUAAUACUUGUUGGAACACAAGAUGCGAUUAGUGAAAGUAAUCCACGUGUUAUACAUGAAGAUCGAGCUAGAAAAUUAGCAAAUGAACUUAAACGUUGUACAUAUUAUGAAACAUGUGCUACAUAUGGUUUAAAUGUUGAACGAAUAUUUCAUGAUGUUUGUCAAAAAAUUAUUCAACAACGGUAUGGAUUUUCUACUUCGACAUUAUCAUCAUCAUCAAAUCGUUCAAUAACACCACAACAACAAUCACCCAUAUCAAAUCAAAUUCGAAUAUUAUCAAGUUCUCAUAGUAUACCAGCAUCAUCACAUUUUACUGGAAAUAUAAAUUUAUCUCAAACAACACCAGCAUCAGUCUUUUCAUCAUAUCAUUAUGAACAACAUCAACCACCAAAUCUUUCCCCGGCAACACAAAAUUUAGCUGUUGCACAACUUGCUCAAUGUUUUAAUACUCAAACAAUAAAUGGUGUACUUAAAGAUCGAAAUAAUCAACAACAAAUAUCAACAAAUGAUAAACGUCAUCGAUCUUAUAAAGAUCAACAUGCAAUGAAAUUAUCAACACUUUCAGAAACACAAUCAUUACCUGUACAUGAAGGACAAAUAAGAAUUGAUACAAAUGAACAAAUAACACCAACAUCAACACCUACACAAAAAAGAAAAGA